AGCACCAUGAGCUCCGACUGCACCAGCUACCUGAGCGCCGACGGGGCGUUGGUGAGCGGCUUCAGCUGCCCGCGGGCGGACGGCGAGGCCAGCGCCGUGUACUGCUGCGGCUUCCAGGACGUCAAGUACUGCUGCGAUGACCCCAACAGCUUCUUCCCCUACGAGCACGGCUACAUGUGGUGGCUCAGUGUUGGUGCACUUGUGGGUCUGUCAAUAGCAGCGGUGGUCCUGCUUGCUUUUAUCAUCACCGUGUGUGUUCUCUGUUACUUGUUUAUCAGUACGAAGCCACGCAGCAAGCUGGAUACAGGUUUAAGCUUGCAGACAGCAGGCAGAGAGACUAGAGGGAGUUCCUUGUGAAAUAUAUAGAGGUACUGGACUGGAUUCCCACAGUGCUGCAAUACGCCCUAGAACAGCUACAGCCUGAGAAGCAGCAGUGCAAGCUUCCUCCCAUCAUCCCACACUAGUCUCUGUCCUGGAAGGAUCAUCUCUGGGAGCAAGAAGUUUUCCAGGCAUGGAACCGCAUCCUUCAGAAGGCACCAGCUGAAGCAGUGCAUCUGCAGAGCCAAAUGGAUUCAGGAAAUGCUUCCUUAGCCAUAAGCUGGACUGUGAUAACCAGUCCCCAGACCCUGACAGACUUUCCAGAGGUGUUUUAUGGCAACAGUAACCACCAUUAACAUCUGGGGCCAA